AUGACAGCACAAGGGACUGACGCACCGCCGCGGACCGCUGUGGCCCGAGAUGACCUUGUCCUCGACUACGGGGAAUAUACCAUCGGGAUAAUCUGUGCCUUAGGGCUGGAGAUGAACGCCGUGCGCCAGCAUCUUGACUGUGAGCAUAGAAGCCUGCCCGUGAACUCUCGAGACUCCAACAUAUACAUUCUUGGCGAGCUCAGCCGGCAUAAUGUGGUCCUUGCCUGCCUUCCAGGCAAUCAAGGGAAAAGCGCAUCUGCCAUUGCUGCGACAAAUAUGGCUCGCACAUUUCCAUCAGUCAGGUAUCGUGUUCUUGUUGGGAUCGGCGGAGGGGUCCCCAGUGCACGAAGUGAUAUACGACUUGGGGAUGUGGUGAUCAGCAUGGGUACCGAUAUUCAUGGAGGCGUUGUGCAAUAUGACCUCGGUAAGGAUACUGAUAAGGGGUUCGUGAGAAAGGGAUUUAUGAGCCCGCCACCAUCAGUGUUAAGAGCUGCAGCUUAUAAAAUGCAAACCGAUCACAUAUAUCAAAUCGGCCAGAAAACGGAUUUCUCUCAACCUGGCCGGUCUGCCUACCAGAGGCCAUCGGAACCGGAUGUUCUGUUCGAAGCGACCUAUUCCCACCAGACUGAGGGAUUGACAUGCGAACAAUGCGACAAAAGGAUGGCUGUACGACGUCCGCUUCGCGUUGAAAAUAGACCCAGAAUAUUCUAUGGAUUGAUAGCAUCUGGGGACCGGGUUGUGAAGAGCGCCAUGAAAAGAAAUGCGACGGUCGAAGAAUUCGGUGAUGAGGUCCUCUGCUUUGAAAUGGAGGCAGCUGGUAUGAUGAAUGAAUUCCCUGCUGUUGUGAUCCGCGGCAUUUCGGAUUAUGCCGACUCACACAAGAAUGAUACGUGGCAGCCGUAUGCUGCUGCAUGUGCCGCUGCCUGCGCAAAAGAGCUUCUUUCUCACUUGGAGCCCGAGAGACCGGCUGGCGAUAGCCUAUCGUCAUCUGUGCUUCUAGAGUCAAGCGGAGUACUUCAUCAGUUCCUGGCUGAUAUUUGCGAAACCGACCCGCAGAAUGAGAUGACGCGGAUUCGACAAAGCAAGGGCACCUUGAUAGGAGAGUGCAAUCGCUGGAUUGUCCAAAGUUCUGAGCUGGACAUGUGGCGGACCAGUAACGAGCCCCGACUGCUGUGGAUGAAAGGUGGUCCUGGAAAAGGCAAGACGAUGGCAACAAUCAGUCUGGUAGACUUAUACACCCGCCAAACGUCACCUGAGGAGUCGUUUUGCUAUUUCUUCUGUCAGAAUAAGAUCCCCCACUUGAACAACGCAUCUUCGGUUCUCCGAGCGCUUGUUUGGAAGCUACUCUGGACACACCGUCGCCUCGUCAAAUACGUACCCGAUGAAUACAGGUCUAAAAGGGAUCAUGGGAAAGAAAUAUUUGAAAGCCCGAAUGCGUUCGCCAUUCUUACAACAAUGCUUGCGGCAAUCCUAACAGAUCGGGAAUUGGAAAAGGUUCUUGUUGUGAUUGAUGCUGUUGAUGAAUGUGAGAAUGGCAUGGUGGAUCUCCUGGAAUGGAUCUUGGAACAGUCGUCAAACUCGUCAUCGAAGGCUAGAUGGCUCCUUUCCAGCCGGAGCACCUCGCAGAUUGAGGAAAUACUCCGCCCCGGGAACUAUAAAUUUUGCUUGGAUCUUGACGCAAACGAAGCACGCGUUGCCGAUGCUGUAAGCUAUUUGAUUGAGGUUAAAAUGCAACAGAUCGCCGAAAGAAAGGGGCUUACGCCAAUCGACCGAAGUGAGAUCCAGGCCAUGUUAAAGCAAAAAUCAGAGUCCACAUUUCUGUGGGUUGCCUUGGUCUGCCAACGACUUCAGGGAAUCUCGCGAAGAAGAAUGAAGAAAGAGCUAGAAGGAUUUCCACCAGGCCUUGGUCCUCUGUAUGAUAGGAUGCUCUACCAAAUCGAGAGCUUGCAUGAUGGUGAGGACAGAAAGUUUUGCCUACAUAUUCUUCGAGCGGUAGUCGUCGGGCUGCGACCACUGAAUCUCGCAGAGCUGGGCGUGGUGGCGGGCCUUCCAGAUGAUGCCCUCGAUGAUAUCCCCGACUUAGUGCAGCUUUGUAGCUCAUUUCUAGUCUUACGUGACGACUACGUUUUCAUCAUUCACCAGUCCGCCAAGGACUAUUUCUGUGAUGGCAUGGGUCAAAGGCUAUUUAUAGACGGAGUGGCCAAUGAACACAACGUCAUCGCCCAAAGAACGUUCAGUAUUAUGGAUUUGAAACUGACUCGAAAUAUAUACAACGUAGACCACCCGGGCAGGUCAAUUCAUGAAAUUACCCAUCCUCGACCGGACCCUCUUGCGUCUCUACGGUAUCAAUCUACCCAUUGGGCGGCCCAUUUGGCCCUUUCCAUGAAUCAAUCGACAAACAACAUCGGAAUAUGUGCCAGCAUGGGCGACGGAGGCGAAGUCGACCUAUUUCUUCGGAAGCAUUUUCUGCAUUGGAUAGAAGCUUUAAGCCUGAUGGAAUCCUUGGCAAGCUCUGUUCAAAAUAUCCGAAGCUUGAACGAUCUGGUGAAAAAAAUCCCCUCCUCUAGCAAAAACAUGGUAGACAUGAUUCAAGACGCGUACCAGUUUGUGCUUUUCAACAAGACCUGUAUUGAGACUGCACCUCUACAGGUCUACCACUCGGCCCUUAUAUUUCCCCCCCAGAGCAGCAUCAUAAAGAAGCUGUUUUGCCAUGAAAUGCCAGGGUGGCUGGCUAACCCCCAAAUGCUAGACAACAACUGGAGCCCGUGUCUCUAUGUCCUCGAGGGCCAUACUGCUGCCGUUGUUUCGGUCGCCUUCUCGCCUGAUUGUACACUGGUUGUGUCCAGCUCUGAAGACUGCACCGUUCGUAUAUGGGACGCGGACCGCGGAACCACCGUGCGCUGUUUGAAGGGUCACGAUGGUCCCGUGAUACAAGUCGCAGUAUCGCAUGACAGUCGAUGGGUAGGCUCAGCGUCACUGGACUGCACUGUUCGGCUGUGGAACCUGCAUACAGGAGCAUUGGUGAUGGUUUCCCACACUGAAACCUACCACAGUGCACUCACGUUCUCGAUGGACAGUAAAUAUGUCACCUUCCUAUCCGCACAAAACACAGUCCAAAUCUGGAAUAUCGAUGAAAGAGGACUCAAGCAUGCUUAUCGACUUCAUUCGAGCUUUGUGGGCCCUACAGUGCUAUCUCCUGGUGGGGAAUGGAUAGCGUCAGUAUGUGACGAUGGGACCGUUGCAGUAGGAGAUGUCAUGACGGGAAAGAUGCGGAGGGCGUUCGAAGCCGAUGAACCUGUAACAUCUCUUGUCUUUUUGUCCACAGAAUCCAGGAUUGCAUCUAUCUCGCGUGGCGAGGGGGUGGUUCACAUAUCUGACACCAGGUACCAAUAUAUUAAGCGCUCAUACCGUGCCAGCACUGGCAAGAUCUUGACUAUAGGUAUUGUCGGCUUUGGAUACCCGGUGGCGAUUUCAGCUUAUGAGAGGGUCAGAAUUCGAAACAUGAAUAACGACCACAUUCUGCAAACACUUUCAGGGCACAAUGGCCUCGUUCAAGCCGUCGAUAUCUCUGUGGAUAGGCAACGAAUGGCUUCCGCCUCUGAAGACCACACACUCAGAAUCUGGGAUGCCAAUUUGAGCUAUACGCGCCCAACUGCUUCGCGCCCGAUUGGGGAUGUAAAACUCCUCGUUCUAUCACCAGAUUCUCAGAUAGUCGCGUCAGCCUGGACAGAUGAUCAAGUGAGACUAUGGAGCAUGGAGACGGGGGAUCUCCUGCAGACCUUCGGAAAUAUGGCCCAGAAAGUAACGAUGGCAUUCUCAAAAAAUAGCCAGCUUUUCGCCACCCUGCAACGCGACGAAAACAUUUGUGUCUGGGAUUGUUCCUCCGGGGAUGUCCUACACACCAUUCAUUCCAGCGCAGACACUUUGAACCACGACCUACUUUCUAUGGACAUACCGUUUUACAAUAAGGAAACCUCUACUUUUCUUAACCGUGAAGAUUAUGAAGGUCACUCGGGUCAAGGAGAGCAGCGGAUGAUGGAUUACGAUAACCCAUGGAUCCGUUAUAAUGGGAAAAACAUCCUGUGGCUGCCCAAACUUUACCUUCCUAUCCAUACGGAGAACAAUGGGUCUCGGUUUGUUAAUCUCUUCUUUGCCCUCGUGGCAAGCUCUACCAUUGCUAUGGCCGCCCCUGCCCAAGAGAGUGUUGCAGUCCAGAACGACGCAGAAGAGAGUCUGAGCACCCAGGCUUGCCCUAAUAGAUGGGGUAUUUGCGGAGAAUGCAAUGGGACUAGCUGCAAGAUAGCAGGAAGCAACUGGGAAUGUGGCAAAGGCACUAGUGUAUGA